GCCACUCCUUUGUCAUUGCGAGGAUCAGCUGUCAGGGGAAGAUUGAAGAGAAAAGAUGAGCAGCUCCAGAAAACGACCCCAUGAGGAGGAGAAAGCCCAAGCAAAGAAACCUAAAGUGAUUCAGCUACAUUAUGGUCUGUAUAAUCAGGGAGCCACAUGCUACCUCAACAGUGUCCUUCAAGUUCUCUUCAUGACACCAGAACUCCAUGACAGGUUGGAUUCAAAAUCACCGGAGACAGAUCAAGAGCUGUGGCAAGUCUUUAACAAAAUGAAGGUGGAAAAAUGUGGAACAGAAAACAUCACGAAGAGUUUGGGGAUUGAAGAUGUUCAUCUACAACGGGAUGCUGCUGAAUGCCUGGAUUUGAUUUUAUGUAAAGUCAGUCCAAGCGCCUCUGAGGUUUUCCAAGGUGAGCUUUCAUACAUGACAAAAUGCUCCAAAGGCCACACCAUCAACGAUGAGAAAAAUCCAUUCUGGACUCUUCCGCUGUCGCUACAAAAUACCAAUGACGCACCCUACAGCGUGGAAGAAGGCUUUGAAAUGCUUUUUCAGACAAACUCAUACAGCGGAGACAACAUGGUGUACUGCAACGAAUGUGAAAAGAAAACAGAGGCGACAAGUGGAUGUGACAUGGAAACAUUCCCUCAGAAUUUGAUCCUACUCCUGAAGAGAUUUGAAUUUGACUUCAGCACCAUGUCAUAUUUCAAAUCAGACUGCUGUGUGGACGUGCCAUAUACAUUACAGAAGAAGGACAAGAAGUACACGCUGUAUGGGAUGGUGAAUCACUAUGGCAGUCUAAGAGGUGGACAUUACACCGCCACCAUCCUCUCCGACGAGGACAAAACCUGGUAUGAGUUCAACGACGCCCACGUGGACAAGGUUGAAGAGCAACACUUGGCAAAACCCGGGACUUAUAGUUCCAGCAGUGCAUACCUGCUCGUGUACAGAGGUGAUCGACAUCCAAAACCAAACAAAAGCAACGUGGAAAUCCUCGUUAGAGGUGAUCCACUCAAUACUCAACUAAAUGAUCCCAGCAAUCACAUCUGUGGCUUCAAGAGGGAGCAUUUCUUUAUUGCUCUCGGCAGUAUCAUUGCAUUCAUUGUGAUACUUACUAUUAUACUUGCAACAACUCUAACAACCUGAUACAGAAGGAAUGGCAGAAUUGGAAUGUCAACGCGAUCCGCCUAAAGCUAUCAAGGGGAUGAUGAAGAGGCGAUGAUUACACUUCCAAAACACCAGCUUGAUGAUUAAGAGACACAAUGCGGAACAACAUAUCAUUACCGUCAUUAUGUGUCGGGCAGGAAAUUGGCUAAUAAACUAUGAGUGAAUCAGGCCAAGAUCAAAUAAUCCUAAUGUGUUUGAAGUACACACCCAGGUAUGAUCAAAAUACUCAUUUGUCAGCAUGGAUUUUCUUCAUUUCAAAGAAUAAAUGGAUGGAAGUCGGAAACUGUCCAAAUGCGUGGUGUACCACAGGGGUCUGUUCUUAGACCAGGUGCAAUAGGAUUAUUAUACUACCUUACCUUUUUAAUAUUGCUUUUAACACACUGAUUUCUUUGUAAUUCUUUCUAUUUAUCAUGCAAAUAUAUAAUACGUGUUUGUUAUGUACAAUGUGUGGCUCAGCCCAGUUAUUGUCCACUAAUUGUUUUCUACAGAACCCAAUUUGGUAUAUCAUACUACAUCAUAGUCAUCAAACCGUCAGUAGAAUGGCAGAUAAAUUAUUUUUGUGUCUACCUAUUUGUACCUAUUAUGUUUUGGGGUUUGUUCUUCUGUGACAUAUAAGAUAAUAAAAUAACACUAA